UGUCUGUUAUUCCCAAAAACCUUUUUAUUUUUCUCUCUCUUGAACAUUCUUUAACUUUCCUCUGAGAAAAUUCAAACUUCAAUUGGGUAGUUAUUUAUUCGUUGAAAUUUCGGAAAAUUUGAAAUAGAGAAAGAAAGGAUGAAGAUUCAGUGUAACGUGUGUGAAGCGGCAGAAGCUAAGGUUAUGUGUUGUGCUGAUGAAGCGGCCUUGUGUUGGGAUUGUGAUGAGAAAGUUCAUGCUGCUAAUAAGCUUGCUAGCAAGCAUCAGAGAAUUCCUCUUUCGAGUUCUUCUUCUCAUAUGCCUAAAUGUGAUAUUUGUCAGGAAGCAUUCGGCUAUUUCUUUUGUCUCGAAGAUCGCGCAUUACUCUGUAGAAAAUGUGAUCUAGCAAUACACACUGCAAAUGCAUUUGUCUCAGGACAUCAAAGGUUUCUUCUCGCUGGUGUAAAAGUAGGCCUAGAAGCUACUGAUCCCGGCGCAUCCUCAAAGUCAGACUCGGGCGAGAAAGCUUCCGAUGCAAAAUCUUCUUCCUUGUCGAGAAAGGCUUCCAAAAUGCCUCAGUCAUCAGAGUACAAUGAAAUGUUUCCUACUGAAGAUGGAAGAGUUAUGCAAUUUCCAACUGAGAAGGUUUCUUAUGGUGGCGGCUCUACAGCAGGAAACAUGUCACAUUGGUCCAUCGAUGAUUUUUUCGGCGUAAAUGAUUUCAGUCAGAACUAUAACUACAUGGAUGGAUCAUCAAGGGCUGACAGUGGUAAGUCUGAGGAUUCCGAUUCUCCUGUUUUAAGAUCCAACGACGAGGAAAUGGAGUACGACGACUACAUGGACCGCGUUCCAGAUUCAUGUUGGACAGUUCCUCAAGUCCCUUCACCUCCUACGGCUUCCGGGCUAUACUGGCCGAAAAACCCUCGGUAUUCAUCGGAUAAUAAUGCUCUAUUUGUUCCUGACAUAAGCAUGCAACAGUCUCAGAAUAGCAGUAAUUUUUCAAGAUCGCGCAAUCAUCAUUAGUUUGGUUCCUCUCAUUUGUUCAGAGAAAUUUGAGCUGAUAACUCAAAAUUUCUAUUCAUGAAUGUCUUAGUUUCUUCUUUGGAGUAAAUUUCUAACUACCACUGAAUUGGAGUGAGGAAGACCUUUCUUUUGAGAUUGCUAUUGUAACAUCUUCAUUUCAUUUCUAGAAUCCUAUGUAGAUUAAUCUAUUUGGAUGGAUAUCUUGUAAAAUUUUAGUUUGGUUUUAUUGAGAGUUUUGCUCCUUCAA